AUGGCAAGGAUAAAGGUUCACGAGUUGAGGGAAAAGUCAAAGACAGAGCUGCUGGCCCAGUUGAAGGAGCUUAAAGCAGAGCUCGCUCUGCUGCGUGUUGCCAAGGUUACUGGCGGUGCUCCUAACAAGCUCUCCAAGAUAAAGGUGGUAAGGUUGUCAAUAGCGCAGGUGUUGACUGUGAUAUCACAGAAACAGAAAGCCGCGCUUAGGGAAGCUUACAAGAACAAGAAGUUUCUGCCUCUUGAUCUCCGUCCCAAGAAAACCCGUGCCAUUCGCAGACGUCUUACUAAACACCAGCUAGCAGUGCCUGGAAAUGCUUUUUGUAAACUUUUAGAAAUAGAUGUGAGUGCUAUUGAGGGGCGGGACUUGAUAUUGAUACCCGCAUCUUUGAAGACAGAACGUGAGAAGAAAAGGGAGAUGUAUUUCCCAAUGAGAAAGUAUGCAAUCAAAGUUGAUAAAGUUGCCGUCACAAUUGCUGCGAUGCAAACUAGGAGGUAA